UUGACAGUUAUGAUACUAUGUUUUAGUUUUAGUACAGUUUUGAUAAAAUUUUUUAAGUAAAUUGCAGGUUUAUAACCAUGUCGAGCACUUUCAGUGAAAAAGAAUUCGAAGAAUUCUUUCAAUUAGCAAAACAAGAUGUAUCAUCUAAUUUAAAGGAUGCAAAGCAUGAAGAAGCAAACCCUACUUGUAGCAAAAUCGAUUCAGAUGAGUUCAAUAAACUUAUUAGAAAUGAAUUACUCCAAUCAAAUGAUAGACCAACAUCUACUGAUGAUGUUAAUAAGAAUAAACUAAAACAAGAUAGGUUCACUGAUUCUUUUGAAGCUCUAAUUACUCAAAAAAAAUGUAAUGCUCAAUGUGCUAAUUUCAACGAAUUUAUUAAGCUAAUUCAAUCUGAGUUAAUAGAAGUAAAAGAAAAGAACAUAAAUGUUCGUUCUAAUUUAAAGCAAAUUAAAGAAUUCUUUGAAUCUCUCACUGAUUCAUCAAAAAAUGAUUCUAAAGAUUUAUCUGUAGGUAAAAGCGAUUCAUCAAAAAUUCGUUCGUCCAGUUCCGUUUUGGAUGAAUUUGAGGAGUUUCUUGAGUCUCUAAAUAAUGCUGAUUCUAUAAAAAAAGAUAAUAACUGUAAAGAUGUACCUGGUGGAACCGAAAAAAAGUCUAAUUUAAAUGAAAUUGAGGUGGAUUUGAAGAAUAUAAAUGAUUCCUUAAAAGGAGAUGAUACCAAAAAAGAUUUAUCUCCACAAAAAAAAGAUGGUGAAAAAAUAGAGUUAUCUCAAGUAAACAAAAAUGAUGUAAAUGAUUACUUUGUGCUUGAAAUUAAUUCAUCCAUAGAUGAUGAGAAUAAUCCUAUUUUAAAUGAUUUCGACGAGUUUAUUGAAUGUUUGAAUGAAAGUGAUUCCCAAAAAGGAGAUGAUAAUCACCCUAAAGAUUUAUCUGAAGUAAAAGAACAAGAUAUAAAUGCAUGUGAAUCUUUUGAUCAUUUUGAAGCACUUUUUGAAUUAUUCCUUGAAAUUGAUCCCCCAAAAAAUGAUAAUAAUCCAAAAGAUUCAUCUCCAGAAAAAGAUAUAAACGAUUUUUUAGUGUUAAAAGAAGACUCGUUAAAAAUAAAUGAUGAGAAUAACCCCAUUUUAAAUCAAUUUGAAGAGCUUGUUAAGUCCCUAAAUAAAAGCGAUUCUUCAAAUAACAAGAACGAUCAAUCUCAAGAUUUAAAUGAAUUUUUUGUGCUUGAAUCAGAUUCGGAAAAAAUUAAUGAUGAGAAUUACUUCAUUUUAAACCAAUUUGACGCGUUUCUUGAGACUCUCGUUGAAACUGACGCUUUAAAAAACGAUAAUGAUAACACCAAUGAUCAAUUAAAAGAUAUUUCAAACUCAAAUGAAACGCGUGGAGAGAUUAAUGGAUUAUUAAAUUUAUUUGUAAAUGAUAAUAUUUCUUCGUCGUUUUAUUCAAAUAAUAGUGAAGAAAUAAUCGAUGAUGUCGAGUUUAAUUCUUUACUAAAUAAUACAACAACAAACGUUGAAAAGAUUAAUAAUGACAAAGAACUCAAAGAAGAAAUUCAUGAAAGAGCAAUAAAGAAAGUUGUGAGAAAAAACCUAAAAAAAUAA